CCUUCAAUCAAAUCUCUAAACAUAAGCACUGUCCUUGUGAUAUUUUUAUAACAUAACGAUGAACGGAAUAGGCCUGCUAACAAGAGUAUGGAAACCCCUGAAAUCAUUUACCAGACAGCAUACGUAUCCGGCACCAUUUACACAUUUCCUACAAAAUCUCCCGGGCACCCUCUACUCGAAACUGGACAAUGGGCUCACGGUGGUCACCGAGGAGCGAGAGUGUUAUAACAGCUGCAUCGGCCUCUUCAUGGACGCAGGCUCCAGGUACGAGAGCGGCUUCGAGAAUGGAAUAGCACAUUUCUUCGAACAUAUCGCUUUUAAAGGCACGACUUCCCGAACCAGACAAGACCUUGAGGCACAGAUGGAGUGCCUCGGCGCUCGCUUCAAGUGCUUUACGUCGCGCGAGCUGGUCGUCUACUACGUGCAGUGUCUCUCUCAGGACACCGCCCUCGCCACUGAGAUACUCGCCGACUGCAUUUAUAAUAAUUCUUUCAACCCAAACGAAAUCGAGUAUCAAAAGAGAACUGUUUAUGCUGAGAUGCUAUCCCACGAUAAGAAUCCCAAACAGCUAUUGUAUGAUUACCUUCACAGCUCAGCAUUCCAGGGCACACCGCUGGCUCAAACUGUGAUGGGACCUAGCUCAAACUUAUACAACUUUACAGACGUUACCAUCUGUCGGUACCUGUCCAAGUGCUUCGAUCCGUGCAGGACGGUAUUGGCCGCGGUAGGCGGGAUCAAGCACGACCAUAUAGUCUCACUGGCUAACACGUUCAUGGGCAAGCUGGAGCCGCUCAAGUGCAUCGAUAUGGACGCUUACAGGUACACGGGGUCCGAGGUGCGUUACCGAGACGACUCCAUGCCCACCGCGCACGUCCUGAUAGCUGUCGAGGCUCCGUGUCUAUGCGACGACGACAAAAUAGUAAUGGAUAUAGCUCGGUACAUCAUAGGAGGGUGGGACAGGUCGCAGCCGGGUGGGCGCUCGCACCCGGUGCGGGUAGCCCGCGAGGCCUCCUGCCACGAUAUGUGCGACGCUUACAAAGCAUUCAACAUCACGUAUAAAGACUGCGGCCUGUUCGGCGUGCACUUUGUCAGCAAGAUAAUGUCGCAAGAAUACAUGAUGGCGUUGAUACAGGACGAGUUCAUGUACCUGAGUGUGUGCGUCACUGAGUCGGAGGUGGAGAGGGCGAAGUGUUUCCUGAAGGCUAAGAUAUUGUCUCGGACGGAGAGUUCCCUGGGCACGUGCAUGGAGAUCGGGCGGUGGACGCUGUACUAUGGGUGCCGGCCGUCGCUGCUGCAGCAGAUGAACGCGAUCGACCGCGUGACGGUGUCGCAGGUGCGCGCGACGUGCAACAAGUACUUCUACAACCGCUGCCCCGUGGUGGUGGCCAUCGGGCCCACCGAGGCACUCAGCGAGUACAACAGGAUCCGCAGCUGCAUGUGGUGGCUAAGAAUUUAGAUGUUAUUUAUACUUACUUUAUAGUGUCUUGUUAACAUUUUCUUGUGACUUUUAUUUGCUCUCAGCUACAGAGGCAUAGUUAGCUAGAGUGUUUAAUUCUCUACUCACAUUAAUUUAUGACAGGGCUCCAACUAGCCCAAUGUUUCAAUAUUAUAAAUGCCUGACAUUGAGAUCUAGGCAGUAAACGAAAUAUAAGGGCAGUAAAUGAAACAAUAUUCAUACAAAAGUUAUAAUUUAUUAUCUUAGUAAAGCUAAAAUAUAAAAAUAUAAAAGGUAUUUGAGUAUAAACAGAGCACAUAGUCAUGGUGACAUUACCAAAUAUAUACAUAAAAAAUGUACUGAUCUUCAAUAAAAAAUACACAAAAUAAAACAGUUCCGUCUUGCAUAUGUGAAUAUUAUGAGAUACACG